AUGUCAUCGCUAGCUGGUUAUCAAAUACUCAGGGAGUCAACCAUGGUUAGGAUACAAGGGUUCAAGAUGAUGCACGAAACCACGCUCGAUGCUUAUCGACGUCCAGCUGCCUUGAAAAUUGUCAUUGGCGACGUCCGCUUGUCGCUAGCGACAGUGCGCGACAACGCAGGGCGAGCGACUAUGAACACAUGGCAGACUGUGAAUGGCGAGUUCAAAGAAACGAGGACUUUUGACGUGCAGGGAAGGCUAGCUACUUGUGAAAUGAACGCAAAAGAGAGGUGGACUUUCUCAUAUAACGAUGACAGCAGACCAUUGUUAGUGAAUGAUAUGACAUUUGACUGGAAUUCUGGCGGUGUGCCAAAAAAGAUAGGAAGGCUAGAGUAUGCUGUUGAUGGUAAUGGAUGGACUGGCAAAAGAGGAGAUAUAUCGUUUGAAAUGGAUGGAUACGGUAGAUUGAUUGGAGCUCGAGGACCAUCGAUUGAUAUGAAAUUUGAUUAUGAUUUUCAAAAUCGGCUAAUUACAUAUAGGAAUGGAGCGAUCUCCUACUCUCUCUACUAUGCUCUGCCACACCUUCCCGGACGAGUUUCCCAUUUCCAAUCAUCGUCUGAUUCAUCUGCCACAGCCAUAUUGUAUACUGAGGAAGGCGUACCAUUUGCAAUGAGCCGGGAUGGUUAUCGAUAUGCGCUAGCGGUAGAUGAUGAAGGAAGUUUGAGAUAUGUACUAAGCGAGUCCGGUGUUGAUAAGGAAAUUCAUCGUGAUCCAUUUGGACGAGUUAUCGCCGAUACACAAUCAUCGCAGUGGAUUCCGCUUGGUUUCCGUGGAGGAAUUGACAUUCCCGAAUUGUCAGUGACAAUUCUGCCAAACUCCCGACCAUACGAUACCAUGAUCGGCCGGUACAUGUCGUUUGGCCCUUCGCAAAUCCAGAGGAUCAGUUUCAAGGAUAUCAUGCGAUCUGUGGAUCCAUUUUCACUAGAG